CUGAUCUCCAUUGUUCAGGCUGGACUGCGCACACUCCAUGAAAUUGGGCCUGAAAUCCGCCGUGCCAUCUCUGGAAGUUUGGAAGUUGAAGAAAAUGAAACAGUUGAAUCAGAACCUGCACAUAGGAGAAACCACUCUUUGUUUGGUAGCAUGUGGCAUUCAGUUCGAGGUGCACCACUGAAACGUACAAGAUCUCUAAAAUCAAAUUCUGCGAGAUCACAUGCAAAGGUAUCUCCAACAAAUUCUUUGGAUGUUUUCAAAUCACCUUCACAAAAAGUUAAUGUGCCUGGAAAUCACAUUCGUUUUACUCGGGACUCUAGUGGUGCUACUCUUACUUCUCCUCUUGCUUUACAAAGAGGAAGUAAAUCUAGUUCAGUUUCUGUUGAUGAUGUGUACCUGUAUCAAUCUCCAAAUCAUUCCCCUCAAGAUUCUCCAAGCAGUCUACCUGCUGCACCUCAGAUAAAUUAUUCUGUUAUGGAUAGUUGCAGUAGUUAUGAAGGCAGCUUUACUCUUGAGCCAGGAGAAAAUUCUCCUGGACGUGAAAAUAUUCCAUUGCGGUCACUGCGAUCAAAUCAACCUAGCCCAAGUCCUUUGACUAAAGUUGAGAGCAUUGAAAGCAACAGUUCUAGUUCUCAAAGUCCAUCAUCAUCUGGAAAGAAUGAAGCAACUGGUACAAGUUUCUUGAGCCUUUGCAUAAAAGAAGAAGAAGAAGCAGCAGUUGGUUUAAGACCUCCCACACCUCCACCUCGAAAGUUCACUUCCAGAGGUGCUACAGCUUCAUUUCGCAUUCCUUGUAUUGGUAAGCGGGACAGUCAUGAACGGCCGAUACUCGUACGCCAGUCUUCCAGUACACAUAGCUGCAGUGAUCUCCGUGGUUCAUUCAGUGAGACUCCUCCUGAAAUUGCAGCUCGGCCAAAGAGUGGCGAACCUUGCAACAUGAGACAUAUUGCUGCCUCUCUGUGCUUUGCUCAUUUGCCUGCAAUGGCUGUUGCUGGUGUUCAACCGUCAACAGACCAGUGGAAAAAGCGUAGAAGGUUGGGAGAUGGAUCUUCACAUAUACCUACACACAGAGCUUCAUAUCAUGGUUCCCGUGAUACUUCGUUAGGAUGGAACAGUGAUUCUCCAAUAAAAUCAAAAUCUGGAGAUGUAAGAACUGCAGGUAUUUUAGGCAGUGCUGAAAGUCUUAUAGGAAGAGUGCUCUUAGAACAAGGACUUGGUAAAUACUGUGAUCCUGAUUUUGUGCGAACAACUCAGCGAGAGUUAGCUGAAGCAAUCAACCUAACUCAAGAAGAAAUGGAUAUGGCUGCUCAUCAGAUUAUGCAGUUGGAACGUCGACAAAGUAUGCCUCACAUGUGCCUCGAAACAAAUCCACAACCUGAAAGGGUGGACAAUGUGGCAGCUAUGUAUACUGAGAGUGAUCAUUUGACCCUUCGAACACAUACACCUGCUGCAGAAAGUUCUUCCCCUGAGAGUGGCAAUAGCAGAUUAUCCACAAGAAAUGUAACUAUAAAUCUUGAUCAAAUAGAUAAAAGUUUAGAUGCUAAAGGAUUCCGUGGUACAGAUGAUACAGAUUUAUAGUAUUAUGUACAAAUGAAGUCAAAUCCUCAUUUUCUGUGUUAUAAUUACUACUAACAAAACAAAGUGGGAUGACUGAAAUCCCACAGCUUAUUUAACAUCAUGGAAUCAAAGCUGGCAGUUGGAAAAACAAGCUUGACUGACUAGGAAAUUGAGUAAAAGUAAUAAUCAAACAGGUA